UCGGUUCAGAAAGAAUCGAGCAGCCUUCGGAAAGAAAUAAAAUAUCGAUAACGUGAUAGAGGUGUUCCUGCUUCAACAGUGCUUGAACGGAACCCGCAGACAGAACCUUUCUUACAUCAUAAUAAUAUUCAGUUUAGUUUUCAUUCCAGCUCUCUCUAAUAAUUUAGGUGUUACACAUAGUCAUAUAAAAACGCACCGAAUUUACAAAGCAUACUCCUAUUAAAAAAGCGUUUUAGAAAAUAGCGCUGUUUAUAUCUUCCUGCAUCUUCGCCGCUUCACUCAUAAUCUUCAAGGGCAUUUUCAGACCGUGACCAUGAGCUCCCAAGUCAGACAGAACUUCCACCAGGACUGCGAGGCAGCCAUCAACCGUCAGAUCAACCUGGAGCUGUACGCCUCCUACGUGUACCUGUCCAUGUCGUACUACUUCGACCGGGACGACGUGGCGCUGCACAACUUCGCCAAGUUCUUCAAGCACCAGUCCCACGAGGAGCGCGAGCACGCCGAGAAACUGAUGAAGCAGCAGAACCAGAGAGGGGGGCGCAUCUUCCUGCAGGACGUCCGGAAGCCGGAGCGUGACGAGUGGGGCAGUGGUCUGGAGGCUCUGGAAUGCGCUCUGCAGCUGGAGAAGAGCGUCAACCAGUCUCUGCUGGACAUGCACAAGGUGGCGUCCGAGCGCAACGACCCUCAUAUGUGUGACUUCAUUGAGACUCACUACCUGGACGAGCAGAUCAAGUCUAUCAAGGAGCUGGGAGACUGGGUGACCAACCUGCGCCGCAUGGGAGCACCCCAGAACGGCAUGGCAGAGUACCUGUUCGACAAGCACACCAUGGGGUCCGCGCAGAGCUAGACUGGCCCUCCCCCCUCCCCUCCCCUCCCCUCCCUCCACAAGCCAGCAUGCAUUACAUCUGCUUCACCCUGGAGAUUCAGUCUGUUCUGUACCGCACUGUGUUCUAUCUGUGUGCGUGUCCCUCUCCAUGUUGUGUGGCUUCAUAAGUGACCUUGUCGUGUAUUUAAUAAAUAAAAAGAAACUGGGCUCUGUU